UCUUGCAUUGGGUGGGGUGUAGAACCGAGAGUGUGAUGCAUUUGAAGGCGGAACUACACUGCUGAGAGAAGAUAGAAGUUUCUGGUUUGCAAGUGAAGACGGAAAAGAGGCAGCAUUAAAUAUGAAAGUCGGUCACACUUUGAGCUGCUUCAUCUUCCUCAGCCUGCAUGGAACCAUUGGUCUCGCUAAUGCAGAAGGUUCCGUCCAUACAGGGAUGGACUGCAGUAAUGCCCAGUGUGUUGACCCCUGUCAUAGCUACACCGUACUGAAUGAUGACUGGCGUUCAACAAAUAACACAGAUAUUCAGGUCGUACACUGUGAUAAAAACAUUGAUUGGGAAGGCUGGUAUCGCCUGUUUCUAGGGGAAUCCAGUGCUCAUAUUCCAGAGAGGUGUCUAGACCCCAACAGGUGUGGAACUCAUGCUCCAUUGUGGAUAACACAGCCUCAUCCCACACAGUCGGGUGAAAUUGUAACUCGCACCGUGUGCAGUUCUUGGGAAGGCAACUGCUGCAAAUUUGAGUCACACACCAUCCAUGUCAAACGCUGCUAUGGAAACUACUAUGUUUACAAACUCGUGAAGCCAGCUGAAUGCCAUCUUGCAUACUGUGCAGAGAUGAACAUAACAGAUCCUAGAGUUCCUGUUACCACACCUGCUUCAACACCACAGACCUCGUCACCCACUCAGGUCCAUAUCACCGUUACAACAGCAGUGGAUAACAGCACAGCAGUUGAGGGGGAGGUCCGCCUGGUUAAUAGAGGUAAUGACUCCUGCUCUGGCAGGGUGGAGAUCUUCCAUGGUGGACAGUGGGGGGCGGUGUGUGAUGAUGCCUGGAGCCUGGGAGAAGCGCAGGUGGUGUGUAGACAAUUGGGCUGUGGCAGGCUCAUCUCCAUACCAACAAAUGAACAAUUUGAACAGGGCACAGGACACAUCUGGUUGGAUAAUGUCACAUGCUCAGGCAGCGAAUCACAGCUCUCUGAGUGCCAUCACUCAGUGUUUGGAUCCCACAACUGCAGCCACCAUGAGGAUGCUGGUGUCAUCUGUGAAGGCUCUCACCCAGAUUUCUCCCUGCUUUUGGUUGUUGUAAUUGUGGUCAUGGUAGUACUGAUGCUGCUUUCUGUUCUGAUGUUGAUCUACAAAAGGAGGACCGAGAGCUCCGUUGAUUUGGACAGAAGGAGAAACUCAGACCACAACCAGACUGAGAUUGCCCUCUAUGAAAAUUUUUGUCCAGUCUCCAGAUGUGAAGAUUCAAUCUACCAGAGCCUCGAUCUUGCCAGCAGUGACCAAGACCAAACCUACUGCAGUCUCACGCACUCAAAAUAGCCCGUUUUCAGACAUGCAUUCAGAUCAUGUCAUAUGACACAUAAAAGGCUUAUUUUUAUGUCAGUGCACACAAAGUCUGAAGCCGAAAGCUUGGCUUAACAGAGGAAGUUGAUAAUGUGAUACCUGUUAUCUCCAACUGAGGUUUUAGUUUUCAUCGAGCCAGCUAAUUCAAAGAAGGCCUGUCUGUGUUCAUAGUGUACCCCUCUGGUCAGACAAAGCUAUACACACACUUAACCUAUUGGUAUAUUUGAAGGAUUUUGCUCAUUAUCAGUUUAAAAGAUGUUGGCUAUUUUUUUAAAGUCAGUGUUUACCUUUGUACCUUUUAAUGUGCCUGAUGUAGUGAGUUUUUCUUGUUCACCUGUAGCUUUGGCAAUUCUUGAUAACUGAGCCUCAGACAGUGAGAUUCACUGAGCAAUUCACACAGCAGCAGUAAACCAAAGUUUGCAUCUAUUUAGUGAAGAAAGCAAAAUAUCUUCUUUAAGGUUAAAAUCAAUUAUUUUUGCAACAGUAGAUAUGAUAGUAGAGGUUUCAUUUUUAAGGAAAAAAAAGCUUUGAGCACCUUGAUUUGCAUUCACACAGGAAGCAAGGCGGCAACUAGUGUCUAAAGAAAGUCAGUAACAUUCAGUAACUUCAAGCAAAAUACCUCCUGGUGAUGCAAAAUGAGUGGGUCGUGAGUCAAACUUCUCAUGACAAGCAAUUACCACGGAGAGUAGAAAUGAAAAUAUUGAUGAUUAACCUAUGACAGGGCGGUAUAGAUUAGGCAACCAGAAGCUGUAAUUUCCACUAGCGGCUGAAUGUUAGCAGCAAAGUGAUGCACAAUGUGAGUCACUUCCUGUGUGAAUGCCCUUUUACUUGUUUUGUAAUCACUGGCUACAACAAACUCACACUUUGAAGCCACCAGGCUUCUGCUGCUCGUGUUGUCAUGGUAGGAGUCUUCUGUGGUCACUGUUUAAGUACCUCGAUAACAAAGCAGUAAAGGUUCUAUUGCCACAUCCUGUCUGAGUAAUUUUCCUGAUGAUGUGCGUCAGUUUACCAACUUGCAAUGUGACUUCCAGGAGAAUAAAGCACCAUUCAACAAAGCAAAAGUCAUCUCAAACUGGUGUCAUUAACACUUUGUUAAGCUUCAAUCACAGCACACUUUAAAGAUACAGUGAAACAGAAAUUUCAGUGUGCAGCUGACAAAAUCUGAAGAAAUUUGAUUGCAGGAUUCAUAUUUUUGGUGAUUUUCUCUGUGAGAAACAUAUUUGCUACUCAGAAAAAAGAAAGGAUUGAAUUUUUCAUGCAUUUGUGAAUCUUAUAUACAUUAUGCCGUGCA